AGCAGGAGGAUUGACAAACUGGUGCUUCAACUUUCCUCGGGGCCAGAAUAUGUCUCUGACCAACACAAAGACCGGGUUUUCUGUAAAGGACAUUUUGGAUCUCCCCGACACCAACGAUGAAGAGGGAUCCAUCGCGGAAGGAGCCGAGGAGGAGAACGAGGGCUCUGAGCCCCCCAAGAAAACAGGAGUUUUGGGGCAAAGCCCCCUGGACGCUGUGCAGUCGCUGCCUCUGAAGAACCCUUUCUAUGAUAAUAGCGAUAAUCCCUACACGCGCUGGCUCGCGAGCACCGAGAGCAUCCAGUACUCCUUGCACGGGCUGGCGGGCGGCACCGCGCCGCAGGACGCGGCCGCCAAGUCCCCCGAGCCGUCGGCCGACGAGUCCCCGGACAACGAGAAGGAGGCGGCGGGAGGCGCGGACGCGGGCAAGAAGAGGAAGCGGCGGGGGCUGUUCUCCAAGGCGCAGACCUACGAGCUGGGGCGGCGGGUCCGGCAGCAGCGGGACCUGUCGGCGCCCGAGCGGGAGCACCUGGCCUCGCUCAUCCGCCUCACGCCCACGCAGGUGAAGAUCUGGUUCCAGAACCACCGCUACAAGAUGAAGCGGGCCCGGGCCGAGAAAGGUAUGGAAGUGACUCCUCUCCCCUCCCCGCGCCGGGUCGCCGUGCCGGUGCUAGUCAGGGACGGCAAGCCCUGCCACACGCUCAAAGCUCAGGACUUGGCUGCCGCCACUUUCCAGGCGGGGAUCCCCUUCUCCGCCUAUAGCGCCCAGUCUCUACAGCACAUGCAAUAUAACGCCCAGUACAGCUCCGCCAGCAACCCCCAGUACCCCACAGCGCAUCACUUGGUGCAAGCCCAACAAUGGACUUGGUGAGCCUGCGAGGGAAAGAGAGAGACUGGUGUUUCACACGCGAAACUAUCGAGGGGACACUCUUAAUAUUAUUAUUAUUAUUAUAAUUAUUAUUAUUAUGGAC